UGUACGAGCAACACGUAACACAGAUAAAGGACGAAGUGGCACAGCUGAGGAGAAGAUUAAUGGAGCUUAUCAGCAUUGUCCAAGAAGUGCUUGCUAAUAGAACUAAUACAAAAUCAUGAGUACUUAUACAAUUUGGGGCAUAAGGACUACAAGAAUGCCAAGAAGAAACGCGAUGCCUGGGCUAAAAUAGCGGCCGCACUAAAUGCAUCUGUUGAUGAUUGCAUGAAGCAGUGGAAGGGCAUCCGUGACAAAUAUACGAGGCAAAGGAGGGAUGGCUUCAGAUCUGGUUCAUCGGUUGGAACCCGAUGGCCCCUUCACUCGAAGAUGUCUUUCUUCAAAAGAUUCUCUAGACCGAGAAAGUUUAGAGCGUCCAAGAUAAUGCCCUCAGAGCCUCAAGCCAGCGCUUUAGAUGCGACUGCCCGUGUCGAAACUCCGCGAAAAGCAAAGAAGCGAAAGGUGGGCACGGAAGGGACCGAACGUGUGGUGAUUGCGAAAAGUAUUGCUGAUGGGUUGAAGGCACCCAGUAGCAUUAACCUAUCAUUUACGGAACACCUGUGCCACCUUCUGGAUGCUAUGACUGAGGAGGAAGCUGCGGCCAAGCGACGACAACUUAUUACAUGUUUCUUCCCGGAAUAGUUUAUUUUAGUUUUAGUACUCGUAAUUUUUUACUACUCUUUCAUUGAUCGUAUUUGAUUUUAUUAAAUGUUGAAUUUCUUAUUAAUAGCCUGACGUUCAGUGGACAAACUGCCACAAUAUUAUUUCUGGUGAUGUUAUGGGCUGAAUUCAUGGAUUUUUGGGUUUUCCUUGACGAAUUUUUGAAAACCCCGCGUUUCCUAUCGGCCAUGACUUGCCUUAGGAACUGAAAAAUCUGGGAAACUUCCUCCAGAAAUUGCAUAUAAAAGAAAGAAAUGUCGAAUCUGUGAGAUCAGCGAAGGAUGAACGAGUCAGAGAAAUUCGAAAUGCUGUUGAGCUGAUGAUAGCCAGACUGGAUUCCCAGCUUAAGACGAAAUUGUUGACAUUGAUGGGCCAAAAGGAUACCUUAACUCAAGAAACUGAACAAUUAGAACACUUGCUUCAUGAAAUUGAACACCAAUUGCAUACCUGCACUAGAUCGGAGUUGAUUAUUAAAAGCGCGGAGCUCUCUAGAAUGAUACACAAUAUUCGAAAAAAACCUAUGACUAGUUUCGUCACAGCUCCAGUUCCUGCCGAUUUCCAUAGUGAAAUUGUUCCGGCCUACAGUAGUAGUACUUUCGUUAUGCAUGGGUUUACCCAGUUGCAAAGAAAAGCUGAUCCAGUUUACUCUACACCUCUUCACUGUAAUGGGCUAUGCUGGAGGCUGAAAGUCUAUCCAGAUGGAAAUGGUGUUGUUCGUGGUAAUUAUUUAUCAGUGUUCUUGGAGCUAAGUGCCGGAUAUCCAGAACCAUCUAAGUACGAGUAUAGAGUAGAGAUGAUUCAUCAGACAGAGCGCGAUUCAGAUAAGAACAUUGUUAGAGAAUUUGCCUCUGAUUUUGAAGUGGGUGAAUGUUGGGGCUACAACAGAUUUUUCCGCUUAGAUCUAUUAGCCAGCGAAGGAUAUUUAAAUGUGCCAUUAGACACUUUGGUGCUGAGGUUCCAAGUUCGAGCUCCUACAUUUUAUCAGCGUUGCCGAGACCAGCAAUGGUACAUUAAUCAAUUGCAAACUGUCCAAAACCAAUAUAUAUCGCAAAUAAAUGAAUCUAAAGAGCGUUUAGCUGCUGAAAUAUCAAGAAACGCAGUAGCGGCUACUCUAGGCGCAAAUUCCCAAGGUGAUAUACCCAGCGUUGCUCUGGUUAAAAGCAUGUACGCUCUUCAAGCUUUACCAUCAACCGUCACCAUCGAUGCGGCUAUUGAUAGUCGUUCUGUACCUAGUUCUUCUCAAAGUAAUGUGGCGGAAAAGUCUUAUUCAACCGACCUUGCCACUUUAACUAGAAAUGUAAACGCUGCUGUUGCCGGAUGUAGCACAAGCUUGUCCCAAAUGAAAAUUACCUCUACCGGCGAGUGUCUUUGUAACUCAAAACCGGUUCAAAGCAAUGCUAACAGCAGCAGUUCGACGUCCGCCUCUUCAGUUCAAACUCAAGUAAUUCAUGGUAAGAAAUCGAAUGGCUCCGAAACAACAGAAUCUUCGCAUCACCUCCUGGGAUUGGGCGUGUCUUUGAGUUCUCCUAACUUGCUGAACUCUGCUGUCUCACUCAUGCUUAGCAGCAGCAGCAGUAGCGAAAGUGAUCUUAGUGAACCUGAACCUUUAAUUGAAGAAUUCGGAUCUCAGGAAGCGAAUCUUAUUGUGGGAGACAACUCUAAUGACGAGAAUGAUGUCGACGUAGAGGCUAUGUCAGUUUAUAUUAUUUCAGGUGAAAACGAUGUCGAAUAUGCCGAGUUUUCAAUGACUCAAGGAUUGAUUAGACGAGAUUCUAAUUCGGCCGCAAGCAGUGUAGCUGGCGCUUCGGCACUGUCUCCUGCUAAUUUAAGCAUCAGCCUUGAAGAUCAAUUAAAGCUGUAUACCCUCUUUGAUGAUGCAGACAACAGGCGCCAAAAUUUUGGCAAUUUGAACGGUGAAAAUCAUGUGGAACUCGAUUUAAGCGACGUUUCUAUGAAUCAAGGUUCGAUUAGAGACAACUCAAGUUCCGCUGCGAGCAGUACGGUUGGCGCAUCGGCACUCUCUCCUACCAAUUUCUGCAGCAGAUUGAAGGAAAAUUUAAAGUCAAUUAAUUACUUUGAUUUACCAGAUACUAGUCGCAAAAAUGCAGCCGUUCCUCCAGCCUCCACGCCUUUAUUGGACAUGACUGUGUCUAAUAUUGACCUCGCGCUUAUGAAUCCUACAUUAUCAAGAUCAUCCGAAGACCAACAACGGCCUACACUGGACAGAAAGAAACUGAAAAAAAGAUACGUAUGCCCUGAUGUUCCCCCGGUUAGCAAUGUUGUGGGUGAUACGUGGACCGAAGUCGUACCCAUUAAUACUAAGGAAUCGGUAAUGGGUCCGCUUGAGUCUUUUUUACGCUCAAUAAACUGUUAUCCAGACCAUGAACAGAACCGAAAGAAAGAAAGUGUACCAAAUGAGCGAAAAAAAUAUUCAAGAUCUAGUCAGCUCACUUCAUUGCUUCAGUCAACUUUGCCUCCUCCUCCUCCUUUAAUGUGUGAUGGCUCAGAAAAUGCGGGACAAGCUUCAAACACUGAAUUUAGUUGGACCCCAUCUCUACUGAAUCAGAGACGCCCUCCUAAAACUCCAAAGACUUCGAAUGGAGAUAGUCACCCUGCACCAGAAAAAGAUGAUAAGAAAAAUAAAAAAUCAGAUCGCGAGUCUCAUUCAUUGUAAACGCUAAGCGGGUUGUAGCUGAAAACCAUAUAAAUUUUCUUAAAUUAGUUAUUGAAUUUAUGUCGGUAUCGUUCAUUCCAUUGUGUUGAAUAUGUGUAGUUUUAAAUUUAGGCUGUGUACUUUAUUAUUAUUAUUGUUAUUGUUUAAAUUAGGAACACGCGAAUAAUCUUUUAGAAAAUUGUGCUGCUUAUUGGAAAUUGUACUUUUUUGAAUAAAAAUUUAUAAUUAUUAA